UUUCAUAAACAAAAUAACAAUUUGGCUAAAAAUCUAAUGGAAUCUGACAAGAAAGAUGAGAAUGUAGCAUGCUUAGCAUGUGGAGAUGGUCUCCCAAGACAGCACAAUGGAGUCAAAUGUAGCCAAGGCCAUGAUAUGUGUACCGGGUGAGCAAAGACAUACGUGGCAAACAUUCUCUCAGAGCCUGAAAACAAGAUACCAGCCAAGUGUUCUUUGUGUGCUGUUGAAUUGAACUCUAUCCAACUUGAGAUGCAAAUGGAGCCAGAACAACUAGAAAUGUACUUGAUGUACAAAGCCAUGAAGAUUGUUGAUCCUAAAAUUGACAAAGUCAUGAGUUGUCCAUUCUGUAAAUACUUCGAAGUCUGGACCAUUGACAACUCUGCAAACUUCUUCUAUUGUAGAAAAGAAGAUUGUCAAAAAGGAAGUUGCUCAGUUUGUUUCAAAGAAUUCAAAGUGCCUAAAGGAAUGGCGGUUACUGAAGAUGAGCUAGAGGAAAUGAAGUCAGAAGGAGGCAUGAUGAGCCACUAUAAAUGCUAUGAACACAAGGACAUUAAAAAGGCCUGGGAAGAUGCCCUCGAAAAAGGUACUAAAAGAUGUUGCCCUGAAUGUAAAGUUGGAGGAGUUAAAGAUGAUGCUUGCACUCACAUGACAUGUGACAACUGUAACACUGUCUGGUGCUAUCUCUGCGGGAAGAAAGAAGCGAACUGCGAUAAGUCUGACCCUAAUGGGAACAUCUACAGACACAACGAUGACUGGAACACUAAUAGUAAGAGAUGUCCAAUGUAUCUUACACAAAUUGGACAAAUUGAUGAAAGAUGGAGUACUGCAAAUGAUGAAGAAGCAAAGGCUUUCUUCCAUAAGCUCUUGACUUACAAAUCUCUUAGAAGGUUUUUAAAGAAAUAUAGAUCCAAAGCAUUCAAGAAUCUAUGCAAGGUAUUCCCCUCUGUGGCCAACCACGGCUUCGACCUUGACGAAGUAAAGAACAUGGACUUGGCCAUCAUCAAAAGAUAGCCACGAGAUUUUUAUAAAUAGUUGUUCAACCUUUUCUUG